GACUUUGUCCUGUGAACUUCGAGUAACAACCUCGAGCAUCACCACCGUAAUCAUCCUCAUCACCACCCUCAUCCUCAUCCUUACCAUCCUCAUCCUCACACUAAUGCAGCAGCGUGGAAACUAAAGCCCGAGCGGACACUUUUAUAGGCAGGAUAAAGGCGAUGGAGGAGCAGAAAGUCAGCGCAGAUCAUUCAGUGUGCAGAUCUUGCAGAAGAGCCGAGAGACACACAACAAUGAUGACUUCUUCCUGUAGACUUUUGCUUUUCACUGUGGCUAUGUCACUGUAUUCAUCUCAAGUCUCGGCAGAGACGCUCUGUGGUGGGGAGCUAGUGGACACUCUGCAGUUCGUGUGCGGCGACAGAGGCUUUUACUUCAGUCGGCCAUACAGAUCAAACGGUCGCCGUCCUCACCGAGGUAUAGUGGAGGAAUGCUGUUUUCGGAGCUGUGAUUUGCAUCUCCUCGAGCAGUAUUGUGCAAAACCUGCAAAGUCUGAGAGAGACAUCACUGCCACUACGCUGCAGGUCGUCCCAGUGUUACAAACUCUUCACAAGGAUAGCACAAGGAAGCCUCUUAACGUGAGGUUUUCCAGAUAUGAGCUGUGGCAACGGACAGCUGCUCAAAGGCUGAGGAGAGGAAUCCCUCCCAUCCUCCGCUCCAGAAAGUUUAAGAGGCUUGCAGAGAAAAGCCAAGACCAGGAGCAGACCCAAAUUCACCGGCCCCUGAUGACUGUGUCCAACAGAAGCCCCCAAAUCCCACACGCCUCCAGAGCCUCGCUGUCCAUAAGUGAAGCAAAAACUGCCGAGAUUUAAAGGGAUUAUAAGCCUUGACCUUGAACACGAGGCUUUUUUAAUGAAUCCUGUCAUCGUGCAUCCUUUCCAAAUACAGAUAUGAACAUUCUGUGUUAUCUCCUGCCUUACCAAGCUGAAGAGACUUUAGUGAUAGAGCUGAACGUAAGAGUGAUGGAUCAGGUGACAGAAGAGAUUAAUGAAGUCUCUGAUUCACAGGGUGCACAGCCAGAAUCAUUCCCAAUGAAUUACCAAUGGAGUGUGUAUAGCAGUGAGUAUGACAGUCUUCAUUCCACAAAAUCCCAACCGUGAGAUGGAGAGACUCUGUCUCAUUUGCACCUGCGAUUCUAAAGUUACACUUUUGGGAGCUUUUUUUUAAAAAAAAAUUAAAAUGAUAUUUGCUUUAUAUGCACCUUCAUUCACCCUACCCUCUGCGGUGCAAUAAU